AUGAAAACAUUGCAGGCUGACAAGACAACUGCGGCACUAGUGGUCGAUGGCAAGUCUUAUGCCCUGCCUGGUGGCCUUGCGACCACACUUCAGCUUGCUCAGAAGGCUUUGGAGUCAGCUCUUGCAUCGGAUUCGUCCAAGGUGCAUGGAUUGCUCAUUGUCAAUGCGGAGGAGGCUUGGCGAGAAGAAGAGGGUGUUUACGAAGUUGAAGCGGGAAAGCAGAAGUCGCUAGAAGAGCUCGUCGACUUUUACGCAGAGCUUGCAGAGGACGGCUGGCUGACGACCUUUGUGAAUCCUUUCCGCGAGGCUGAUGCUCACAUUGGAGCCGAACUGCUCCGAGCACGCAGGCCAGAUGCAAAGUUGGUUCAGGACUAUGGUCUGGAUGUUCCGGAGCCGGUGGAAGAGACGGCCUUCAGCUGCGUUUGGCACUUGGCUCAGACGCUGCCUUCGGCCUUGCGGCAAUACUCGGAGCAGGCGACGGUAUGGCAGGAGGUAGCUGAUGGCUUCGGAAGCUGCGUCUAUCUGGAUGCACAAGCAUUGGAAUCGAUGCCAGCGAUUCUCGAGGCCCUGCUAGUUUGUGCUGGUGUUCAGGUUAUCUACAUGCCAGAGGACAUCGCUGAUGAUCUCGUCAAGCAGGUCUCGCAGCGUCAGGACGAG